AUGAAGCUGAGCAACAAAUUAUUAUAUUUUCAAAUUUUAUUAAUUCUCACGUUAUUAAUAGAAUGGAGUACAGCAUUUAAACAGAAUGGUGUAUGCUUUUUCCCUGAACGAUGGCAAGGUACAUGGUUUCAAUCAGGUGUACGCCAAUCUAUUAUAAUUGAUGGAUCACGAUUAAGCAGUAAAGGAAGAUGUAUUGGCUCUGAUGGUGAUAAAUAUGUAGUUGUUGACGAGAAAGGUGUUUGUUUUCGUUGUGUAGUUAUUCAUGAAAAACAUCCUAAUGUCUUACAAUAUAAAGAAACGUAUUGUCACGGGAAAGAUUCACUUCCAACAUUGUGUGGAUUAAUUACCGGUGAUGCAUUAUUGUAUUCAAUGUUUCGUGAGGAUGCUUUACCUGUAAACUGUCCAUUUCAUGGCCCAUUUACGUUCACAUAUAAUCGUGGUCAUGGUGAAUGUCGUAACCCUGUCUCAAGUAUUGAUAUAUGUACAGAAGAAAGUCGUUUAUUAUUAAGUUAUCAAGCAUGUCCAGAUGUAUAUGGUACUGAAAGUACAGUAGAAGAAUUACAAUGUUUGGCCACAUGGAAAGAAGGCUCAUCACGUUAUUUAGUUGGUAAAGUACAUCAUAAUCAUGCCACAUCAAAUGAGGAUCGAUUUAGAUGUUUUGUAUAUGAAAAAACAACACAAAAUCAAGUUAUUAGCAGCGAUGCAAAUCAUACUCCAGCUAAUGGCGGUGCUGGUACUAGUUUAUCUACGUCGGUUGUUGAUUAUCGAGUGGCUCAAAGUGGAGAUGCCACGUGUAAUGGUUUAUUUAGUGCUACAGAAGGAAGUCGAACGAUGACACUUCGUAAAGCAACAUCACCAAACAAAUGUCGUUUUCCAAGUUGGUUAGCAGUUCAUCAACAUUGGCAUUCAUUAGAUAAUACUGCAGAAUAUAAUUUCCAUCAUCGUAACGCCACUUUACAUAUAUCAAGUCCUACUGGCCUUGAUAUGAAAGUAAUCUGUUCGCAAAUUAAACAAGCAAAUAAAGAAGAUUUGACAUCCGUUGCACUCAUUUUGGCACAUUUUACAAUGGGUUGCCAAAGUGGUUAUAUGUGUAUGAUGUAUUAUCGAAGAGAUAAUCAUGUAGUUGAAGUUCAAACAGGACAGCAUGUGAAACGACAAGAAGACGCAUGUUUACCAGCGUUCUUCAAUAGAAGUGCCCUUCCAUAUGUAACUUUAGUCACUCAAAACGUUGAAUCACGUCAGUGUCCAUACACAGGAAAGUUUUCUGUGUCUGGUUUAUUACGUUCAAAUCAAGAUACACGUAAUAUAAGAGCAUUAUGGCAACCUCAACAACAGCAACAACCUCAACAAACUAAUGAUCUACAACAGAAGCGUAUAAAACGUGUUAUGGAUCCACAAAAUUCUGCAGCAUGUGAUUCCAAUAAAUUUGAUACAUUGGUUAUUGGAUGUAGAAAUAUGGAUACAUUAGAGUUUCAUUCUGAUUGUCCUUUUACUGAUUUCUUUUCAACAUAUUCGUGUCAUGGUCGAUGGGAAGAAAAUGGAACAAAUUAUUUAAUCAUGACCCCACAAAGUAGAUCAAGUCAUGGUGCUAAACGAUAUUGUUUUAUAUAUCGGGAGUUACAAGCACUUAUACUGUUCUCAAUUUCUAGUGAUAAUUGUAAUCGUAAUAUUCGUCCUGGUAUUGACGGCGAACUUGCGUUUAAUGUUACCGUAAGCGGUAAAUGUGUAGAAAUAAAUGACGGUCAACAACCGUAUUUAGAUUUAUGGACAUUAUUAAGCACAUUAUUACCGGUAUUUAUAAAUUAUCUAUUAUUUCAAAUUGAAAGAUGA